ACCACACACCAUUGAAGGAACGCGUGGGGAAGGGCGACAGUGGGAAAACAAGGAUAAAAAGUGUAGAACACGCUAAAACUGUUGGAUAAGCGACUUUUGCAUAGUUCGGAGCUUACGCGAUCUGGCUGAGGGGAGAGUGACAUCUUUUCCUUGGUUUGUACCGCUCUCAAGGUGAAAAGAAAACUUCCAGCGAGGAUUUGUAAAUUCAGGAUGUUGGUCUGAAACAAAGGGGUCCCAAGAACUGCUGUCUGAGUGGGUAGCACUUCGUCCUUUGUGCCUGCUCUGGAUGGGAAAGAUGGAACCGGAGGGGCAGUGGUGGAAGAGCCAGCUCGCCGCGGAUAUACACCAGUCUCUCCGCAUCAAGGAGCUGAAGCUGCCGGCGUACCGGGCCCACUCCCCUCAGAUCGGCAUGCGACGCUACUUCGCCGACCUGCUGGCCAUCCUCAGCAACCGCUACCAGCUGUGCCCCACGGCGCGCCACCUGGCCGUCUACCUGCUGGACCUCUUCAUGGACCACUACGACGUGGCGGUCAAGCAGCUCUACGUCAUCGCCCUGUCCUGCCUGCUCCUGGCCAGUAAGUUUGAGGAGAAGGAGGACCGCGUGCCCAAGCUGGAGCAGCUGAACGCGCUGGGCUUCAUGUGCAGCCUGAACCUGGUGCUCAACAAGCGGGACCUGAUCCGGAUGGAGCUGCUGCUGCUGGAGACCUUCGGCUGGAACCUGUGCAUGCCCACGCCCGCCCACUUCAUCGACUACUACCUCCACGCCUCCGUGCAGGAGAGCGACCUCCACAACGGCUGGCCCCUGUCCUCACUCUCCAAGACCAAAGCCUUCAUGGACAAGUACACACACUACUUCCUGGAGGUCUCCUUGCAAGACCACGCCUUCCUCAGCUUCCGGCCCUCCCAGGUGGCGGCGGCGUGCAUCGCGGCGUCCCGGAUCUGUCUCCAGGUGUCCCCCAGCUGGACCACGGCCCUGCACCUGCUGACCGGCUACAGCUGGGACCACCUGACCCAGUGCAUCGAGCUCAUGCUGCUUGCCCAUGACAAUGAUGUGAAAGAGGCCAACAAAACCAAAUCCACCCCACCGUCAGGCCAGGCCUCCCUGCACACCCAGCCCACGCCCCCCUCCUCCGCCGCCUCCUCCGCCCAGAGACAGGUCGCCUCCUCCGCCGCCUCUCAGCAGCUGCUGUUCCAGCCGGGCGGCUACCCGCACCUCUCCCAGCACCCUGCCCCCCUGUCCCAGCUGCAUGCGCUGGCCGACUCCCAGGCUCUGGGGCCCGUGGUGUCCCAGGACUACCUCCCGUCCCACCGGGUGGGGCUGCUGUCUGGCGGGGCGGCGGGGGCUCCCUUUCACUCGUACCCGAGCCUGGCAUCGGGGCUGCAGCCGGGGGCCCGCGCCCUCCCCCUGCAGGGCCCCAUCUCCAUGCAGGUGGCAAUCGCGACCGAGCCGCGGCACUGCCUGAGCGUGGCGUACGGCGGCGGCUACCUGGGCUCCCACCCCGGCUUCGCCGCCGGCUGCUUCGACAGGUGACGCCAGGCGAGGGAGGACAGACCCCAGCCGGGGGGGCCGACCCCUCCCUCGUCCCCCUGCCCCUCGCCCCCCUCCACCCGCCAGAGACACAGGAAGCGCAAGCGCGGGUCCAACGCCGGUGCCGAUCCUGCCGAGGUCAUCGUGCUGACGUGACUCGCAAGCCAUCGCUGUCGUCCUUCGGGACAAACGCGUCGAUCGCUAAAGCAAACACAAAACAGGCUUUAUGACCCCCCCCCCCCUUUUUAAACCAGAGAAAGAGACUAUUUUUAAUGAUGACGUCAUAGUUUUUAUCACUGUAAAUGAGGAGCACAGUAGACUCGUUACGCCUGUGUAUUCACUUAAGUGCUGCUUUUUGGUCCAAAAAUUAACAACGAAACCAGAAAAGAAUCAACAAGGGAAAAUGAUCAAUACUGUGGAUACCUCUCGAGCUGCUUGGAAAAGAAUGUUUAAAGAAAUUAAAUGUCAGUGAAGAGAGGGAUUGGGUUCCCUUACCCCCAUCAUCAGCCUGGGCUCCCAGAAGAAUUUCCCACAAUUCUGUGGGGUGGUGGAGGGGGGGCAUAUUACAUGAAAUAAUUUGGUUGGGUUGCAUCAAGCUUUCUGUUUGUAGUGAGAGGACCCAUGGACAUGCUUUUACCAUGAAAGCCGUUGUUCCUUUGGCCUCUCCUCCCCGCCCCGAUCUCCCCUCCCUGCGUGAUUCCCUGUCUGAAAUCCUCUGACUCUCCUAUACUCAAAGGCAGUCCCUGGAGCACGCUUCAAAGUCGCUGCAAUUCAACGCCUUAAGGACUGUAAAAGCUUUGUUUUUCUUUUUUUAACUUCUGAUUUUUCUCCCUUCUCAGACGUAUGAAGAGGAACUGAUGCGUCUUGAGGAGACUCAGUUGUUCACAUUAAUUAUUUUCCUCCAAUGCUGCUGCCUUAUGAGAACUAAUGGGUUUAUGACUGUGAGACGACUUUUCCUAUAGUAUUGUUUACAUGAACCACAUUGUAUCAGGGACUAACGGAUUACUUGAA